UUGUGUCUGCAGGGCCGCACUGCGAGCGCGGGCCGAUCUUUGCCCCCCGCCGGUGCAGCAGCUGCAGUGAGCAGUUCAACAUCCGUCCUGCAGGCGGCGCUAGCAACCGCCAUUUUCCUCGGAGCGGAAGACGGAAGAACAGAAGGAAAACAUUCAACUCCGGUGGAAAAAAUCCUCCAAAAAGACCGAAUUCGUGCGAUGGAAAUGCCGGGACCGGACAGCGACUGGAGGAGCCCCCAGUUCCGACAGAAAGUCGUCGCACAGAUUGAAGAGGCGAUGAGGAAGGCAGGAACCGCACACACCAAGUCCAGCAACGACAUGGAGAACCACGUUUAUGUCAAAGCCAAAUCCAGAGAGGAGUAUUUAUCUUUGGUGGCGAGGUUGAUCAUACACUUCAGAGACAUCCACAAGAAGACACUUGGAGGUCCAGAUCCCAUGAAUACCCUGACUAACCUGACAGGGGUUGGAGGGGGCCCGGGCGCCAUUGGCAUGGGGCCUCGCCCCACCGGUGCUCCAGUGGGGGGCAUGGGGGCCAUGGGGCCGAUGCAGAUAGGCCAGCAUGCCAUGGCAGGGGUGGCUGGAAACCCACAAGCCAUAGGGGGUCCAGGCCAGAUGCCGAUGCAGCAGCAGUCCCUGCAGUUCCAGCAGUUCCAGCAGGUCCAGCAGCAGCAGCAGCAGCAGCAGCAGCAGCAGCAGAACGCCAUGCAGCAGCAGCAGAACGCCGCCAUCCAGCAGCAGUUUCAGGUGCAGCAGCAGCUGAGGGUGCAGCAGCAGCUGCAGCAGCAGCACCACCAGAACCAGCAGCUCCAGCAGCAGCACCAGAACCAGCAGCAGCAGCAAGCCCAGAACCAGCAGCAGCAGCAGAACCAGAUGCACCAGACGAGGAUUCAGCAGCAACAGCAGCAGCAGCAGAUGGUGCAGCUGCAACUCCAGCAGCAGCAUGCCCAGGCUCAGGCUCAGGCCCAGGCUCAGGCCCAGGCCCAGGCUCAGGCCCAGGCUCAGGCUCAGGCCCAGGCCCAGGCCCAGGCUCAGGCUCAGGCCCAGGCUCAGGCUCAAGCCCAGGCCCAGGCCCAGGCUCAGGCCCAAGCCCAGGCUCAGGCCCAGUCCAUUCAGCACCUGGUUCAGCAGCAGCAGCAGCAGCAGCAGCAGCAGCAGCAGCAGCAGCAGCAGGUUCAGGCCCAGGCCCAGGGUCAGCCUCAGCCAGGACAGAUGCCUCCACACUCUCAGCAGCAGCAGCAGCAGCAGCAGCCCGGCAUGGUGCCUCAGUCUCUGGCCGGACAGAUGACGUCCGCUCAGCACGUUCCCAUCAACUCGCUGAGUCAGCAGCAGCAGCAGCAGCAGCAGCAGCAGCAGCAGCACCAGCUCAAGAUCCAGGCCUUCCAGCAGGCCCGUGCAGCCCUGCAGCAGCAGCAGCAGCAGGUCCAGCAUGCGCAGCAGGCAGCACAGCAAGCCCAGCAGGCCGCAGCACAGGCGCAGCUCAACGCAGCCGCUGCCGCCGGACCCGGACAGUUGGUUCGUCCGGGGAUGCCGAUUCCUAACCGGUUGCCUCGAGCCGCCCUCAAUGCUUCCAUCCCUCCUCCGAACGCUGCCGCCGCCGCCGCUGCCGCCGCCGCUGCCGCCGCCGCCGCCGCGGUGGGACAGCCGAUGACACAGCAGGUACAGCAGCAUUCCAUGAUGUCAUCGCCCUCACCUGUGCAGGUCCAGACGCCGCAGUCGAUGCCGCCUCCUCCCCAGCCGUCACCCCAGCCCCCCUCCUCACAGCCCAACUCCGCCAGCUCUGGUCCCACUCCGUCUCCGGGGGGUUUCCAGCCCAGCCCGUCCCCUCAGCCCUCACAGAGCCCCGCCACUGCCCGAACCCCCCAGAACUAUGGAGUCCCCUCCCCUGGACCGCUCAACACCCCAGGUAACCCCAGCUCAGUGAUGAGUCCAGCCGGAGCCACGUCUCUGGAGGACCAGCAGUACAUGGAGAAACUCAAACAGCUCUCCAAAUACAUCGAGCCUCUGCGCAGGAUGAUCAACAAGAUUGACAAAAACGAAGACAGAAAGAAGGACCUGAGCAAGAUGAAGAGUCUGCUGAACAUCCUGACUGAUCCAAACACCAGAUGUCCCCUGAGGACUCUACAGAAAUGUGAAAUCGCUCUAGAGAAACUGAAGAACGACAUGGCCGUGCCGACACCCCCUCCCCCUCCUGUGGCCACCAAGCAGCAGUAUCUGUGUCAGCCGCUGCUGGACGCCGUCAUGGCCAACAUCCGCUCUCCGGUCUUCAACCACUCGCUGUACCGAACCUUUGCUCCCGCCAUGAACGCCAUCCACGGACCCCCCAUCACGGGUCCCAACAUCUCUGGUCGGAAGAGGAAGCUCGAGGACGACGAACGGCAGACCAUCCCCAACAUCCUGCAGGGAGAGGUGGCUCGCCUCGAUGUCAAGUUCCUGGUCAACCUGGAUCCUUCGUACUGCAGCAACAAUGGCACCGUGCACCUCGUCUGCAAACUGGAUGAUAAAAACCUCCCCAGCGUUCCUCCACUGCAGCUCAGCGUUCCCGCCGAUUAUCCCGAGCAGAGUCCUUACUGGGCCGAUGAUGGAGAGCAGUACGGUGCCAACAGCUUCCUGCAGACGGUCCACAGGAACAUGACGUCCAAACUGCUGCAGCUGCCGGACAAACACUCAGUGACGGAGCUGCUCAACACCUGGGCUCAGAGCGUCCGCCAGGCCUGUCUGUCUGCAGCCUGAGGCCCCGCCCACCGCUCACCUGACACCACCUGCUGCAGCCACAGUAAUACCAUCGCCGACACACACGCACCCACACACACACUCACACUGUGUACAUGGACACUACAGUCUGAUCUGAUCUCAGACCGGUUUCAUCUGUCUGGUAAAGUGACGCCUUGUCGCCUUCAGACUUUGACGUGUUACAUAAAUGUUCUGUGGCGGCUCUUUUCAAACAUUAAAGGACUGUUCUGGAUAAAACUGCACCUGUUGCACCAGGACCAGACUACAUGAAAUCCUCCUGACAACAUGACGACCCGACAGCCGUGGGGCGUUUAGGGUCCCAGCAGCAACCGACGCCGCAUCUGAGACACUUUAUGACCUCCAGACAAAAGAUGUGACACGUCAUUUCUAAACUGUAUGUGGAGACGUUAAACUGAGAGGUCAAACCACCCAUCAGCCCCCCCGGCCCCACCCAGAGUCUCCUCAAGAACCUUAAGAACUCUCACGACACACACAGCACUCCCGACACCUGCAGCACCUCAAGAACCCCUUUAAUCACCCACCACUAGAACCUCCUCGAGGACUGAACGAACCCAUAGUUAUAACAAGAAAAACCUAAAAGAUCCCCAGAACCUCCCGAGGGACCUAAAGAACCCUCUCAGUUACCCAAGAACCACUUUACGGAUCCCCCAUAAACUGACCAAGAACCCAAAUGACCCCUCCAGUCACCCCUAGAACUUCCUCGAAAAACCUAAAGAAGCCUUUCACGACACACAGACAAAUCCCAAGACCUCAUGAACCCCUUUAGUCACCCACCAUUAAAACCUCUGGAUCCAGCUAAAGGACCUAAAGAACCCCUUGUUCAUCCAAGAACUGCUUCAAGACCUACUACAACCACUUCAAGGCCACAAAUAACAUCCCUGUUUACCCCUACAACCACCUCAAGGAACAAUAUGACCUCAAAACCCCCCAACACACCCAAUGAACCCCCAUAUCAAUCCCUAGAACCUCCUCAAAGACUAACACCCCCAGUCACCCCUAGAAUCACUUAAAGGACUAAAGGAACCCUGUAUCAACUCCAAGAAUCGUUUCAGGACCCUUAAGACCUCCCUGUCGGCCUCCAGAACCCACCAAAACAUCUUUGUGAACACUUAGUUCACAGUUUCGCAGUGAAGUCCAACCUCUGCCUGGGGAGUUUUCUUGUAAACAAACAAAACUUCUCUUUAUCACUGAACUCUAACAUAUUGAAUGUGUUUCCUUCCUCAGAAAACAUUUUAAAAUUUUACAUCCUUUGCUGUUCACAUCCAUGUUUAUUCUCUAGCCGUCGUCUUCUACUCUGCUGCACCGUGUGCUUCUUGCCGUGUUUUUGAUCCACCGUAGACCAGUGGAAAAACGUGGAACCACUGGCUGGAACAACGGCAUAAACAAAACGGGGGCCUCUCAUAGAAAACGGCUCCACAGAGCUGCUAGAGGAACCUUUAAAUCACAUUCACUGUCAAUAGAUGUGGUUUUCAUUCACUCAUUUAUGAACUGUUUAAUUUUAACUGUCAUAAAUAAUGUGCACGUCGAACCACGGCUCAUCUUAUUUCCCAAGAUUCCUGGGCUGGUGUCAUGUGGUCUGAUUCCGACAUUAUUCCUGAUGCAUUCUGGCUAUAUCAAGCCUCGUUUUCAAAUGUGGCGGGACGAGGUCCUCACCUGUCAAUCAUCAACCAGGUUCUCCCGUUUCAGUCAGCAGCUGUUAUUAAUCAUAUACUGUACCCCCACUAGCCCCCGCUGUACGCAGAGGGUCCCUUAGUCAGCGAGCAGAUUUUAGGCAGAGCCACUCGCUUGUAUAGGAUAUUCACACGUGUUGUUUCUGCAGCGACGGGUCAGUUUAAGGCUUCCAGACAGGAAACAUAAAGGGAAACAAGUAGCAGACCAACAUGUCAACAGCUCAACUGUCAUUUAUCCCACGUAUAUUCUGCUCCCUGAAUGCAUCAUGAGUUUGUUUCUGUUUAGUAUUUAGUUGGAAUGAGUUUCUGUUUGAGAUUUUACUUCAGUUUUGUACCACAGAAGAGUGCUGAUGUGGAAAAAAGGUUUGUACACUUUGGUUUUCAAAGUGGAAAAUAUAAAUGUAUUUUUUUGCUAUUUUAAAUAAAAACUUUUCAGUUCAGCUUUUUAAACCCUGGAGUUUAAAUCCUUCAACACUGAUGGGAACAGGAAGAACACAGAGUUUAGACUAAAUGUCCAGAUCCAGUAUCAACUUAACACUUUGUGAUUAGUUUGUAAUGACUUCAUUUGAUUUUGAACUGAGAUAGA